AUGAAGCAAUUCAUGACCCUAAGCUUGGCCGCUUGCCUGGUGACUGGUGUUCUUACCCUCCCAACACCCGAUGUUGCUUCGGUCUCUACAACUCACGGCGCCAGCGACUGGAAGCGCGGUGACAACACCGUUGAAGGUGCCAGUGACUGGAAGCGCAGUGACAACACCGUUGAAGGUGCCAGUGACUGGAAGCGCAGUGACAACACCGUUGAAGGCGCCAGCGAUUGGAAGCGCGACUUUACUGUCGACGGAGCCAGCGACUGGAAGCGUGACGUUACUGUCGACGGAACGAGUGACUGGAAGCGUGCCAAUACCAUUGAAGGCGCCAGUGACUGGAAGCGCGGUGACAAUACCGUUGAUGGAGCCAGUGACUGGAGGCGCAGUGACAACACCGUUGAAGGCGCCAGCGAUUGGAAGCGUGACAACAUUGUUGAUCGAGCCAGCGAUUGGAAGCGUGACAACACUGUCGACGAAAGCGACUGGAAGCGUGACAACACUGUCGACGGAGCCAGCGACUGGUAG